GCGCCACCUCGCGUCCUCGCCGUCGCAGUCUCGUCCCCCACCCCCCCCCCCGGGCGCCUCCCGCACGCGCACCGCGGCGCCACGGCCGAGAUGGCGUCCCCAGCGGCGGCGCCGCUCGCGGGCGCGGCCUUCCUCCCCGCGCCGCCUCGCCCCGCGCGCCGCGCCUCCACCGCGGCCCCGCGCCGCGCCCGCGCGUCGUCGGUGUCCGCCGCCGCGGCCGCGGCCGCCAGCUGCGUCCUCGCCGACGCCCCCCGGGGGAUCAAGAUGGAGCAGGCGGAAGACGCCCAGGCGGCUGCCGCCGCGGCGGCGGCGCGGAGGGACGUCAGCCCGGACACCGUGGCCUCCAUCAUCCUCGGCGGCGGCGCCGGCACGCGCCUCUUCCCGCUCACGCAGACCAGGGCCAAGCCCGCGGUGCCCGUUGGGGGAUGCUACAGGCUGAUCGAUAUCCCGAUGAGCAACUGCAUAAACAGCAAGAUAAACAAGAUCUACGUCCUCACCCAGUUCAACUCCCAGUCUCUCAACCGCCACAUCGCGCGGACAUACAACUUUGGCGAGGGGGUUGGGUUCAGUGGUGGGUCCGUGGAGGUGCUGGCAGCUACCCAGACAGCUGGAGAAUCCGGAAAGAAAUGGUUCCAGGGAACAGCUGAUGCUGUCAGGCAGUUCCUCUGGCUUUUUGAGGAUGCAAGGCUGAAAUGUAUAGAAAACAUACUGAUUCUGUCUGGCGAUCAUCUGUACAGGAUGGACUACAUGGACUUUGUGCAGAAGCAUGUCGACUCCGGUGCUGAUAUUUCAGUUGCUUGUGUUCCUAUGGAUGAGAGUCGAGCUUCUGAUUUGGGAUUGGUGAAGGCUGACAGGAACGGUCGCAUUACUGAUUUUCUUGAAAAGCCCAAGGGUGAAAGUUUGAAAUCAAUGCAAGUGGAUAUGAGCUUGUUUGGGUUAUCCCCAGAGCUUGCAGAUAAAUACAAAUACAUGGCUUCAAUGGGAAUAUAUGUAUUCAAGGCAGAUGUUCUCCGAAAGCUUCUGAAAGGCCAUUAUCCUACAGCUAAUGAUUUUGGCUCAGAAGUUAUUCCAAUGGCUGCAAAAGACUAUGAUGUGCAGGCUUAUUUGUUCAAUGGUUACUGGGAAGAUAUUGGAACAAUAAAGUCUUUCUUUGAAGCAAACCUUGCUCUCACUGAUCAGUCUCCCAACUUCUAUUUUUACGAUCCUGUGAAGCCCAUUUUCACAUCUCCUAGAUUUUUACCUCCAACCAGGGUAGAAGAUUGCAAAGUUUUGAACUCUAUAGUUUCACAUGGCUGCUUUCUAACAGAGUGCAGUGUUGAGCACUCUGUCAUUGGUAUCCGCUCUAGAUUAGAACCAGGGGUGCAGCUUAAGGACACUAUGAUGAUGGGAGCAGAUUAUUACCAGACUGAAGCAGAGAGAUUUUCUGAACUAUCAGAUGGAAAAGUUCCAGUUGGUGUUGGAGAAAACACUACCAUAAGGAACUGUAUCAUUGACAAAAAUGCACGAAUCGGGAAGAAUGUUGUCAUUAUGAACUCAGAUAAUGUGCAAGAAGCAGACAGGCCAGCGGAAGGAUUUUAUAUUCGUUCUGGGAUAACUGUGGUGCUUAAAAAUGCAGUGAUUCCAGACGGUACAACUAUUUAGAAGAUCGUAGGAACUAUCUGCAGAAUGCCAAUCGCUCAAUGAAGUGUUACCUCUGGAACACGCCAUUGAAGCUCGCAGCAGAGUUUGAUGCCGAUGCAGUGAAUAAAACCUCAACGGCACAAAUGAUCACAAGACGGGUCGGUGCAGCUAAGAACCGUGGAUGGAGGCACAGAGCUCCUGCAGCUGCGACACACCAGCAGUCCGGCAGUAUGGCCAGACCAUGAGACAGUUGCAGGUUCUUUCAUAAGCUUCAGCUAGUGCUGGCGCAUCACAGCGCCAACUUUGUUUUUUUUGAAGUAUAAUUUACGUAAGUAAUUGUACAUGUAGAGGCAGAGAUAGCUACAGCGCGAGUGGGAACAUGGUAUAGUGCAUUAUAUAAGGAACAUAGUAGCAAAUAAAGGGCGUUUCUGUCCCCUUUUCUUUAAUU